AUGGCCGACCAACAACCAUCCAACAUCGAGCCCUACAUCCAGCCGGGGAACCCCAUCACGAAGGAACCGCUUGAAAACAAAGUAGCCGACCACCGCGCCCACAAUCACUCGUCAACCCAGGGAAACGCCAGCGUGCCGUCCGAGCGCUCCCAAGGCCAAGACCAAGGCACAUUCAGCUCCCUGGGCAGCGGAGUCCAGGGCGGCAGCGGACCGGUCGACGCCACAGAGGCGAGGAGCACCACCGGCGCCAGCGGGUCCGACGCGCAGCCGCAGAACCCAAACGUGGACGCGGAGCAGCUGGCCACGCUUGGCGAGGGCAAGGUCGCCGACGCGGUGCAGCGCAAGAGCGGGAUCCAGAAGGCGCCCGGGGACGGUGAGGUCAAGUACGAUGACUACGCGAGUGACCUGGACCGAAAGAAGGCGGAGCAGGCGGCCGCGCGCAACGAGCUCAAGGAGGCGCGGGAGGCGGGCGAUGAUGUGGACGGUGGAUCUGCGGGUGGCAAUGUGAGAGGUGGUGUUCAGGUUGACUAG